UAUUUCUUCAGCAUCUUUGUCAGGAUUACUUCCGAAAAACACUGUUCUCUCUGUCAGAUUAAUACUCUAGCUAGGGUUUUAAGUUCCCAUCUCAGAUUCCACCAAACUACUGCGAUUUUGCGCCGUUUAUUUCAAUCUCAUUGAUUUUACAAUCAGUUGUUGAUACGGAUUGAGUUUAAGUGGUGGGGUGAUGGCGAAGAAGAAGAAUUCUCUGGUGUUUAUGGAUGUGUCCAUAGAUGGGGAUCCUGUUGAAAGGAUGGUUUUUGAGCUCUUCUAUGAUGUUGCUCCGAAGACUGCUGAAAAUUUCCGUGCUUUAUGUACAGGAGAAAUGGGAGUUGGUCCAAACACUGGAAAAUCACUGCACUACAAGGGUUCUUUCUUCCAUCGGAUUGUGAAAGGCUCCAUUGCCCGGGGUGGUGAUUUUGUCAAUCGAAAUGGGACCAGUGGAGAAAGCAUAUAUGGUUCCAAGUUCCCAGAUGAAUCACCUAGGCUAAAGCAUGAUGCUCCAGGCCUUCUUUCAAUGCCAGUUGCUGAUCGUGACACUCUUGGUUCUCAUUUUAUAAUCACUUUUAAAGCUGAUCCCCAUCUUGAUAGGAAACAUGUAGUCUUUGGCAAGCUUGUACUAGGUCAUGAUAUAUUGAAGAAAAUUGAAGAUGUGGGUGAUAAAGAAGGACUUCCAAGUGUAACUGUUAAAAUAAUCAAUUGUGGUGAACAUAAUGAGGAUGAAAAGAAGAUAAAUAAAUCAAAGAAGGGAAGAGAUGGAUCUUCUGAAACAAAUAGUCAUUUACUGCAUAAGGGAAAGCACAGAAAAUCUUCAGGUGACAAAAGGAAAAGGAGAAAGUACUACUCAUCAGAAUCUGAUACUUCCUCAGAUUCAGAGACAACAUCUUCUGAAAGUGACAGUGAUUCUGAUUCUGAUAUGUCUUCAUCAUCUUACACAAGUUCCUCCAGCGAUGAUAGGCGGAGAAAGAGAAAGAGGUCUAGGAAAGAUAAACAUAAACGUGGAAAAAAAAGAGAUAAACACCGAGAAAAGAGACGGAGGAAACAUGAUAAAAGAUCAAAGCGUAGAUCAAAGAGGGAAUCGCCCAGUCAUACUGAUUCAGAUAGUGAAAGUAAGAGCAACAAAGGCUCUGAUAUUGAAAGUUAUGGUGCCAAAGUGAAUGAUCAGAAUCAUGAAGACCAUUCUCAGAGACAUGCUGAAGGUCAGUCUUCCUCAGUUAUCGAGAAAGAAUUACCUCCAAUGCACCCUAAAAAGAGGGAGAAACUGGAUAUAUUGAAAGAGGAAGAAUUCCCAAAGGAAAAUGGAGAGCGGCGUAGCAAUGGCACUGGAGCCAACUAUAGACCUGAAAGAAGUGAAGUGAGGCAGCCUGAUGUGAUGGAUGAUCGACCAGACAAAUCUAGGAGUCAAAGCACGAGUGUUAGUCCUAGGAGGCGCAAGAGCAAAAGCCCAAGCAUUAGUCCAAAAAGGAGGUUGGACAGAAGUCCAAGUGGCAGUAGAAGUCCUCAUGCUCCACUACAGAGGAGUUUGAGCCAGAGUCCUGUUAGAAGUGCAAGGAGGAGUCCAAGCAGAAGCGCCAGUAGAAGCCCAAUGAGAGGUAGGAAAGGUAGAAGUAUCAGUAGAAGCUCUGUAAGGCAUCAUGGACAUCAAAGUGUCAGCACAAGCCCUGUAAGACCCCUUUCUCGGAGCUACCAGAGGACUUCACCUAAAACAUCAUCACGAAGAUCAAUCAGCAGAAGCCCUACGACAUCUCAUGGUCGAAGAAGUGUCAGUGCAAGCCCAGGAAGAUCCCCUUCUCAGAGCCAAAGAAGGAGUUUGCCCAUAGCACCAUCACGUCGAUCAAUCAGCAGAAGCCCAGUAAGAAAUCACCGACUUAGAGGUGACAGUAGAAGCCCUUUAAGAUCUCAAGGUCAUAGAAGUGAUAGUGGAAGCCCUGUAAGAUCCCUCACACCGAGUCAUCGAAUAUCACCCAGAACAAAAUCUAGGAGAUUAAUCAGCAGAAGCCCUGUGAGAACUCGCAACUGUAAAAGUAUCAACAAAGGCACCUUGAGAUCUUGUGGUCGUAGAACAAGCAGUGGAAGCCCUGUAAGAUCCCUUUCUCGAAGUGGCCGUAGGAGUUCACCAAGAGCAUUUUCACAAAGAUCAAUCAGUAGAAGCCCUGUGAAAACUGGCAAUCACAGAAGUGUAAGUAGAAGCCCCUUGCGAUCUCAUGGUCACAGGACUGUGAGUGCUAGCCCUGUUAGAUCACCUUCAUGGGAGCGUCGAAAAAGUUCACCUAGAGCACCAUCACGAAGAUUGGUCAGUAGAAGCCCGGUAAGAGUGUCAAGAAAGAGUUUAAGCAGGAGUCCAGUUCGAUCAUCUGCCAGAAGCUUGAGCAGAAGCUCUGGCAGAGUCCCUUUGAGAAGCAAUAGUCGGAGUCCAGUUAGAGGGCCAAGCAGAGUCCAUCGUCGCAGUUAUUCUAGGAGUCCUCGUGGUAGGAGUUUGUCUAGAAGUUUGUCACCUGAUGUUUCCCCAAAACGUAUAAGAAGGGGAAGAGGUUUUAGCGAACGAUAUUCUUAUGCUAGAAGGUAUAGGACUCCUUCUCGAUCUCCUGUGAGAUCAUACCGCUAUAAUGGAAGAAGUGAACGUGACAGAUAUUCAGGUUACAGAAGGUACUCCCCAAGGCGUAACAGGAGCCCGCCACCACGCAGAAGAACCCCACCAAGGUUCCGGAGUAGGAGGAGCAGGACACCAUCUGUUUCUCGCAGUCCACGGUACAGGGGUCGACGUCGAAGCCGUAGCCCUGUUCGCAGUCGUUCACCUGUGGGCACGUAUCGACGCCGUGUUGAGAGGAGCAGGUCUUUGUCCCGGAGUAGCAGGUCUUUGUCCCGGAGCAAGAGUCCAUCAGUAUCCAGGGCUUCAGUGGAGUCAGAAUCUCCACGAAAGAACAGCAGGUCAAGGUCCCGGUCCCAAAGCUCGGAAGGAAAGAAAGGCCUUGUAUCUUACGGAGACGGUUCUCCAGAUUCAAGCUGAAAGUGAAAAUUUUAGGGAAAGCUAGAGAGACCCGAGGGUUUAAUUUUGCUCUUGCUUUGUUUUCUUGCUUUAAUCGGCAAACAUGUCUUAUUUUUCCUUUAUAAACUGUUGUUUUGAUAUUUUGUUCUAUUUAAUUGGAAUGCCCUGCUAACUAGUAUUUAGAAUAUACUGUGUUGUUUGUGUAUUAAAGUUGGCUCGGACGUGUUACCUAUGAAGUUAUUUCGCAGUCAGUAAACUCAUCUGAGUUUAAUUAUGAA